AUGAGGAACUACAUAGCAAGCAGCCUGCUCCUUUUGGUGGCCUUUUCGGCCAUUGAAGCCGCCUCGGUGGCCAAGCCCGUUUGUGGAGGCACUAGCUCCUCGAAGAACAUCAACCUGGUGAAUCCGACGAAUCCCCCGCGGCAGUGCGAAUACCAUGUGACCCAGUACAGCAAGUACGUCUGCCAGUUGCGCAUUGAGUGGGCCAUGACCUUGGCCCAACCCACGUUGGAAUCCGAAGGAUCGGGCCUGACCUAUGCCGAGUGCACCAAGGAUUAUUUCGAGGUCGGUGGACUGAAACUGUGCGGCACUGAAGUGUGGCAGCACAUCUAUGUGCCGUUGAAUGCCACUGGUGGCGAGUCCGUUGUGGAUCUGGUCUUUUCCCUGGCCGAUCGUGCCGGUGCCUCUGGAUUGCCCACUGCCUCCUGGGACGUGACCAUCACCCAGCUGGAGUGCCCUGCCGGAGCCUCUGUGCGCUCACUGGACUUGGUUGAGGAGGAGUCCACCAUCGAGGGUCGUGCCAGCACCAUCAAGGAUGGCUUCUUUGUGGCCCCGCCCGGCUGUCUUCAAUACUUCCCCCAGACCAAGGGUUCGGUCAAGUCCUUCAACUACAACAACGGCAAUGGUAUCUAUCCAUCCCGCAUGAACUACGCCAUCUGCUUCCGUCGCACUACUGAAACUAAGGCGCUCACCAUUCGCGCCUAUGACUUCAACGUUGGCGACGUGGUUUCGGCCAGUACUUUGACGACCGAUGAGAAUUGCUACAGCAGCGAUAGCACCAACGAUCUGGAUGCCGAUUUCCUGAUGGUGCCUCAGGCAACCUUCGAGGAAAGCCACAAGCACGCCACCUACUUCUGUGGCUCCAUCAAGAAGGAUGUGGUCAUAUCGAGCAACAAUCCCGGUCCUUUGAUGGUUCUUUUCAACAGCGACGACAUCUACAGGCAGAAUGAGGCUGGUUUUGCUUUCACCUACGUUGUGUCCUAAGCUGUUAAAAAUUCUUUGAUAAUGUAAACUAAACAAAGAAAUUGGCAUUAAAAUGAGCUUUAAAAGAAA